AUGGGUCACCAGCAACUCUACUGGAGCCGUCCAAGGAAAUUCGGCCAGGGUUCUCAUUCUUGCCACGUCUGCUCAAACCGCCACAGUCUGAUCUGGGAGUACAGCCUCAACAUGUGCUGCCAGUGUUUCUGUCAGUACACGAGGGACAUAAGGUUUCAUUAA